GGCUGGGAACUGGCCGGGCGGAAGAAGUCGAGCUCGAGGCAUUUCCGGUUCCGGUGUCAGUUCGAGGCGCCGCCGCCGCAGUCGCCGGAGCCGCGAUGCCUAAAGGAGGGAGAAAGGGAGGCCACAAAGGCCGGGCAAGGCAGUACACGAGCCCCGAGGAGAUCGACGCACAGCUCCAGGCUGAAAAGCAGAAGGCCAGGGAAGAAGAGGAACAAGGAGAAGAAGGUGGAGAUGGGGCUGCAGGUGACCCCAAAAAGGAGAAAAAGUCCCUAGACUCAGAUGAGAGCGAGGAUGAAGAAGAUGAUUACCAGCAAAAGCGCAAAGGUGUAGAAGGGCUUAUCGACAUUGAGAACCCCAACCGGGUGGCACAGACAACCAAAAAGGUCACACAGCUGGACCUGGACGGGCCCAAGGAACUCUCAAGGAGAGAAAGAGAAGAAAUCGAGAAGCAGAAAGCAAAAGAGCGUUACAUGAAAAUGCAUUUAGCGGGGAAGACGGAGCAAGCCAAGGCCGACCUUGCCCGGCUGGCGAUCAUCCGGAAACAGCGGGAGGAGGCUGCCAGGAAGAAAGAAGAAGAGAGGAAAGAUGGAGGUGGGUGUUCCUGCCCGCCACCUCCCAAGAUGCUAGGAGGGUCCAGCAGCAGCGGAGUCAGAUGUGAGUUUGAAUCUCAGCAGAGCACUGUCCACAGCAUCUGAGGGAGGCCUCAGGAUGCACCUACCUUAGAGGCUAGAAGGUUCCCCUAAGGUCUCUGGUGUCUUGUGUAACCUGGAGAGCUGCUUGGGGUAGCUCUUCAUAUUUCAGCAUUUCAUAUUUCAGCUGGAUGUCACAGAUGAAAUCUGGCCCAGGUGUCCCUCUUCCCCCCUGCCUUCCUUCCAUUGGGGCCAAAGGUGGUAGGGAUUCUUCCAGGCCAGGUUGGCUGUGGGGAAUCGGUCUGCUUUAAAGGAGCAUUUGACUCAUGACCUUCUGGCCUCAUGCACUCCUCUCUCCAUAUGUGGGGGGCCAUGAGUGUGUUGGGAUCUUGCUGUCCUGCCUUCUAGGCCUAGAGAUGGGAAAUCAGUUGCCCCAGGGCAUUGUCACCACAUUGGAGAUACCCAGUAAUCUCAUCUUCCCACUAGUAGCUCGUUUCACAAACCUCAAGCAGGAAAGGACCUCAUGUGUAACUAUUUGAAUGUUGCUGAUUGCAGGCUUCAGAACCCACAGGGAGAGGUUGGAGUUACAGGGCUGUGCCUGGGGGGUGGGCUAAGAAGAGUUUCCAUUCGCUCAGUAGAUUGUGUGUUGGUGGGCUUUUGUGCAGGGGGCAGCCACCCAGACUCCGCGAGAACGUCUGGACACGUGGGUCCGGUGGCUUCCAGGGGAGGGCGUCAGGCCGGGCCCUUCUCCUUGGGUCUCUUCCUCAUCUGCCAGCUGAACCAGUUGCACAAAAUGUUGUCUUGAGGCCUUUCAGACCUACAGUUGUAUUAUGAUUCGGGGGUGUGCGGGGCUGUGUAUAUGGAGGGGUGGUUUUGUCUUGUAACUCCUUCCCUUCC